AUCUUUCUUUAUUUCUUUCUUCACAAAAUGUCUCGCAAGCGCGUUCUGCUCAUGUACGCUGGCAUUGCGGCCAUUGCCCUUGUUCUCUUUGUCGCCAUUGUGAACUGGACCUGCAGCGAGUCAGACGCCGAGCUUGAGCUCCUGCAGCUGCAGCAACAGCAGGCUGCGACGUGGCGGCGACAGGAGGCAGACCACUUGAGCGCCCGCUCUGGCCCCUGCCAGUGCCCGCCCGUCGACGUGGCGCUGAAUGGAGCACUCGAGUGUCCGCCAGUGCCGGCGCUGGGGCUUGCGCAUGGGCUGCAGGGCGGCGCCGCGGCGGGAUCCCUGCCUCAGAUCGAAGGCAUCCAGCUCGCUCCCGUCCGCCAUCUCACGUCGCGCCUCGACAACAAGGACGCAGACGUGGUGCUCUUCCAUGCCGAGAAGCACCCUGCGCAACGGCGGACAGGAGCAAAGCUCAUCAUGGGCAUUCCCACCGUGCGCAGGCCAAAGGCCAUCUACGUGACCGAGACGCUGGACGCCCUGCUCAGCCGCGCAACGCCAAACGAGCUCAACCAGAUGGUUUUCGUGCUCUUCCUCGCCGACAAGGAUCCUGCACUGCUCGAGGAGCUGUGGACCACCGUCCACACUGCGUACAGCCAGCACAUUGCCAGCGGCUUGAUUGAGUGCGUCGUGUCCAAGUCGGGCGCCUACCGGCCCUGGCCCAGCCCGAUGCGCCGCACGUUCGGCGAUCCGGAGGACCGCGUCAUGUGGCGCUCCAAGGAAAACUACGACUACUCGCUGCUCAUGGAGUACUGCAAGGGGCGGGCGGACUAUUACAUGCAGCUGGAGGACGACAUUCUCGCCUCGCGCAACUAUUUCAAGGGCAUCGUCCAGACUGUCGAGCUUGCCAAGGACUUCCAGCCCCCGUGGUCAAUGCUCGAGUUUACCCGUCUCGGCUCGUACGCCAAGCUCUUCCGCGACAGCGAGCUGCUUGAAAUUGCCGCCUUCCUCCGGUAUCUCUGGCUCGAGCAGCCGACCGACUGGAUGAUGUUCAACUUUGUUGCUGUCAAGAUGCAAAACAACCGCAUCUUUUCCCGCAACGCGCUCUUCCAGCACAUUGGCAAGCAGUCCUCGCUUGAAGGCAAGCGCCAAGAUUUGGUGGAUCACACAUUUAACGAGAAUGGUGAUCCGGGCGGCAUCGACGGGCGUCCAGGAGACGAGGUCGUCUCGGAUCGCAGCUCAUUCAGGAAAAACCCGCCUGCCGAGGUCGUCACCAACAUUAUCUAUCGCGGCCAUUACUCACCUCGUGCCUUUUACAACAACGAGCGGCCCAUGCUGGCAUGGCUCCGAAAAAGCCAAUGGAUUGAGGUUUGGUUUGAUACUCCGCAGCGUCUGCGCAGGGUUUUGGUGCGCUCUGGCCAUCCGACACGGCCCACGGACGUGCUCGUUGGCGGCCAGCUGUCUGCCCUUUACGAAGGCGAGUCAAACUAUGUCACCAUUACGACAGGCGCCACCGAGAUUGACGCCAAGAAUUUCGACACAACCAAGGCUGUGCAAGUGUUGCGCCUGACCGUCACUGAGGAUCAUCAUUACCAAACAUGCUUUGAGCAGAUUGAGGUUGUGCCAGUCUGAAGCCGUUUCUUGGAUGUUUUUUUUUGAGUAUUUCAGUUUUUGUUUGGUUUUGGAGGUGUUUCGUUGCAUUUUUGCUGCCUUCUUCCAUCUCCUUCCCCUCUUGCUAUUCUUCUCAAUUGUUUUGUGAUGAUCUGCCACUUUUUUUCUUAUUCUAAGCAGUCUGAUCUGCAAUACACACACGCAUACCGCACUUUAC